AUGGAUGACAUCACGCAAAAGAUGGACAGGACGACGGACAGGAUGAUGGACAAGAUAGACAAGCUGAACAACGCUUUCGAAAGGACGAUGGACUGGCUUGGGGACGGGGUCACCGAGGAGGCGAUGGGCGAGACGUACAAAAAAGGCAAGCGAGAGAAUAAGAUACAAGCGAUGCCCAUGAUGCAUGGCAUAUCUAGGACUGGUGCGCCCGCGAAUUAUAUCGACGGCCAGGAUGGGUCGGAUGAUACGGAUGAAGAUGAGUCCCUCGACGACCCCCAUGAUAUGAUUACGCCACCGCUCUGCUACAUCUGCUCCUGCUGGCUCUAUCUUACAGAACCCAAUCCGCGGCUCACACCAGGGGUUUAUGUGGGCGAGAGAAAGAUGGCUGACAAACAUUUCUGGCGCGAUAAUGCCUGGCCUCGAUACUUUCGCAUGAUCCUAAUACACCCGCAAAAAGAUCUCUGCAAACUCUCCGGCACUGCAUUCUUUGCCAACAACGAUAGGGGAUACCGAACACUCCGUGUUCCAUGGGACGAGGAUAUGGGUAUCAUCUGUCCUGCUGAGGUUGAUGACAAACUCCUUGCACAAGCCUUUGUUCAAGACACCCCGGAGAGCCCUCCCGAAGACAGACGUAGUGGGUUUAUUGUGCAUACUCGAUGCUGGGAUUUACUCCGAACUCACAAUGUCUGGUCUCUUUCCGGGGGCGAUUUGAGAAUCAUCCUAGAUGCACUGCGGCGCAAAAGCGCGAGAGACUGGAAGGAGCCACCGCCUGGCGAGGAGCCUUUCUCCGAAAAUUCCUGGCCUAUGUUAUCGGACUUUGGAGAUCCCCUCGUUAGCAAACUCGUGGAGUCGUUGAUCCGUCAAGCUCGUCGAAUGACACAAAAGAGGUUCAAGGUCAUUCGGCACAAACAACGAACAAGAACACGGCUGAACCGGAUUCCACCAGAAGUUCUCUCGAAUAUAGCGAAUAUUCUUCCAGCACCAGAUGUCUCGGCUAUUCAGAAGGCCAUAGGAAGCUAUCUGGGUGACGCAUUUUGGCGUUCCCGAAUAUCUACCGAGCAUUUUCACGAAAUCAGGCCUCUGUUGGACGAGACGUUGGAUUGGGAAUUCUUGUGUUCUGAACUUGAGCGGCUAGGUGAAUAUUUCGAAGAAGAUUUAGAGCAACACCGGUGGGCCUCUACUGAUAAAUUAGUUGGACGCAGGUGGGCGUUAAAACAGUUGGAAGAAAUAGCGGCCUUUAUUCCUUCUAAAGGUGAUGGUUGA